AUGACUUCAUCUCCCAUCACACCUCACCUCAUCUUCAUCAGGCUCAGGGACUACGUGUCCCAUGAUGCAGUGGAAUGUGUGCAGGGUGGAGAGUCUCUUGGGAGUCCUGAGGAGGGAAGAGGAGCAGGUCUUGUAGGAGCAGGUCUUGGAGGAGCAGGUCUUGGGGGAGCAGGUCUUGUAGGAGCAGGUCUUGUAGGAGCAGGUCUUGUGGGAGCAGGUCUUGGGGGAGCAGGUCUUGUAGGAGCAGGUCCUGUAGGAGCAGGUCUUGGAGGAGCAGGUCUUGGGGGAGCAGGUCUUGUAGGAGCAGGUCUUGGAGGAGCAGGUCUUGGGGGAGCAGGUCUUGUAGGAGCAGGUCUUGGGGGAGCAGGUCUUGGAGGAGCAGGUCUUGGGGGAGCAGGUCUUGUAGGAGCAGGUCUUGGGGGAGCAGGUCUUGUAGGAGCAGGUCCUGUAGGAGCAGGUCUUGGAGGAGCAGGUCUUGGGGGAGCAGGUCUUGGAGGAGCAGGUCUUGGAGGAGCAGGUCUUGGAGGAGCAGGUCCUGUAGGAGCAGGUCUUGGAGGAGCAGGUCUUGGGGGAGCAGGUCUUGUAGGAGCAGGUCUUGGAGGAGCAGGUCUUGUGAGAGCAGGUCUUGGGGGAGCAGGUCUUGUAGGAGCAGGUCUUGGAGGAGGUCUUGGAGGAGCAGGUCUUGGGGGAGCAGGUCUUGGAGGAGCAGGUCUUGGAGGAGCAGGUCUUGGGGGAGCAGGUCUUGUAGGAGCAGGUCUUGGAGGAGCAGGUCUUGUGGGAGCAGGUCUUGUAGGAGCAGGUCUUGGGGGAGCAGGUCUUGUAGGAGCAGGUCUUGGGGGAGCAGGUCUUGGAGGAGCAGGUCUUGGGGGAGCAGGUCUUGUAGGAGCAGGUCUUGGGGGAGCAGGUCUUGUAGGAGCAGGUCUUGGAGGAGCAGGUCUUGUAGGAGCAGGUCCUGUAGGAGCAGGUCUUGGAGGAGCAGGUCUUGGGGGAGCAGGUCUUGUAGGAGCAGGUCUUGGAGGAGCAGGUCUUGUGGGAGCAGGUCUUGGGGGAGCAGGUCUUGUAGGAGCAGGUCUUGGAGGAGCAGGUCUUGUGGGAGCAGGUCUUGGGGGAGCAGGUCUUGUAGGAGCAGGUCUUGGAGGAGGUCUUGGAGGAGCAGGUCUUGGGGGAGCAGGUCUUGGAGGAGCAGGUCUUGGAGGAGCAGGUCUUGGGGGAGCAGGUCUUGUAGGACCAGGUCUUGGAGGAGCAGGUCUUGUAGGAGCAGGUCUUGUAGGAGCAGGUCUUGGGGGAGUUGGAGGAGGAGGCCCACAGCUCUACAGAAGAUCCCAGAGGAAGGCUGCAGGGUUUCAUCUUGUUCUGUUUGUUGUCGUGUCGUGA